GCGUUCCUCCUCCCUUGCCUGCUACUCUUCCUGAACCUAGGCGCUUCUGCUGACGCUCCGUUCUGCAGACUCAUUCACUUCACUGCUCUUGUUACACCUUUUCUUUCUGAGUCACACAGGACGCCAACAUGCCGGGACUUCUGCUGGGAGACGAGUUUCCAAACUUCGAAGCCGACACCACCAUUGGCAGAAUCAAGUUUCACGACUUUCUGGGCAGCUCGUGGGGGAUUCUGUUUUCCCAUCCCAGGGACUUCACCCCAGUUUGCACCACAGAGCUGGCCUGUGCCGCUAGGAUCAGUGAUGAGUUCAAGAAACGAGGUGUGAAGAUGAUUGCCUUGUCCGUCGACAGUGUCGAGGAUCACCGCUGCUGGAGCAAGGAUGUGAUGGCAUUCAACAGUGCAGCUGAGAGCCAACUGCCCUUCCCCAUCAUCGCUGAUGAUAAGAGAGAGCUGGCGGUUAAGCUCGGCAUGCUUGACCCUGACGAACUUGACAAGGAUGGGAUUCCCCUUACGGCCCGCUGUGUCUUUGUGAUUGGCCCUGAUAAGAAGAUGAAGCUUUCCAUCCUGUACCCAGCCACCACAGGAAGAAACUUUGACGAGUUGCUCAGAGUCAUUGACUCUCUGCAGCUCACAGCACAGAAGAAGGUCGCCACGCCAGUCGACUGGAAGCCUGGUGACAAAGUUAUGGUCAUUCCUUCCCUUUCUGACGCGGAGGCUGCCCAGCUGUUCCCCAAUGGUGUGACUACAAAGGAACUUCCUUCUGGAAAGAAAUACUUGCGUUAUACUCAGCCUUAAAGAUGUCACUGCGCUUUGGCUUGGGACUCUUGGCCUAAGGGCUGCAUUAUUUACUUUUCACGAAACAGAUUGUAAUAAUUGACUGGUGCCACACUUCCCUUACCCUUUAUACUGGAAGUUUAAAACUGACCCUCUCUAGGCAGGCAAAAACACCCUCUCUGAAAACAUCUCUGCAUUCUUGUCUUACUAUGGACACAGAUUUCGGCAGAUUGUGUCCUCCAAAGUUACCAAUGUGUUUCACGACCACAUCGUGAUAGUGUGACAGUGGUUACAGAGUGUGCUCAGCAAUGAACCACUGAUGUUUACAGUGUCCCUGCAGUGCCUUAAUUGUUCCAGCCAAAUUACAAUGUCCAUACAAACUCUGAAUCUGUAAGCUUGAAAUAAAUAAAAUAAUGAAAUGUGUACAACCAAAAA